AUGGAUCUCAAGACACCUGUGCACCAUCUCAGACACGGUGUUUCGAAAAAAAAAAAUACCAAAUCAACCUGUUAUCAGCUACUGGCCUCUGCGAAAAUGUCCGACGGGUUUGCUACAAAGGAAGAGGUUGACAAAAUUUUUGCCAAGUUAAGACAAAAUCCAGCUAACCAAGUUUGUUUUGACUGUUCGAACAAGAAUCCAACCUGGACGUCGAUUCCGUUUGGAAUUUUGCUUUGUUUAGAAUGUUCUGCAGUGCAUCGUAACUUGGGUGUCCACAUUUCCUUUGUCAAGUCGCUGAACUUAGACCAAUGGCAGCGUAUCCAGUUGAGACAUUUCAAGUUUGGCGGCAACCAGGUGGCCAAGGAUUUCUUUGCUAAGAACGGCGGCUCCCAGUACAUAAAUGGGAAAAGUGAUCCAACCACCAAAUACACUAGUCCUGUGGCAAAGAAGUACAAGGAGAAAUUGAAGAAGACAGCGCAGCAGGAUGCAUUGAAACAUCCCGAUAUCGUGACCUUAGAUGAUAGCCUGGACUCGUUGCUGUUGGUUGAUGGAUCUUCGAACAGCGCGUCUACAGAUGAUUUUUUCUCCAACUGGACAAAGCCAAUAGCAUCUAGUCCAUCUCCUUUAGGAUCCAGAUCGGGCACUCCUACUCCCGCCGAGGAAAUCAUUCCCAAGCGGUCUGCCGCUCCGCGGAUUUCGACUGCUAGAAGCAGUACGAAAAACAAUACCACUACUGCCAAAAAAUCCAUCUUAUCGGGCAAAGGUGGUGGACCAAAGACAGCACGUGCUAGAAAAAUCAAGAAGGAGGAGGAAGAUAUUGAUUUUGACGAGAUUGAGAGAAAAGCUAAACUAGAGGCGGAGGAAGCAAAGAAAUUGGGUUACAAUCCUGCAACCGAAGUUACUCCUGCAGUGCCUGUGGCAGCUAAGAAGAACAACAGCUUGUCUUUGGGAUCGUCAUCUGCUUCGAAGGAAGAAAGUGCGCCUGUGGCCACUCCAAUCCAAGAAACUACAGUGCAAAUCCAGAAAUUGGGAUUCGGCAUGACCCAGGGUGCCAAUGUCACUACGAAUGAAAACACCAAAAAAUACAAGGAAGUCAAGUACACUGGAGAAGUCGCCAACAAGUUUGGUGUGCAGAAAGGUAUUUCUUCCGAUGAGUAUUUUGGACGUGGACCACGUUUUGAUGAAUCAGCAAAAGCGGAGGCUCGUCAAAAACUCAAAGAAUUCAACGGUGCCCAAGCCAUUUCAUCAAGCUCUUACUUUGGCGAAGAUGAACAGGCUCAGAUGGCUGGACCUGCGAGAGGACAACAGGGUCUUGGAUUGGGAAACUUGGAAUCUGCCGCCAAGGACUUUGCCUCUAGAUUUUCAGGAAACGCCAACCAGGAUUUAGACGUUUUAAAGGAUGCGUUGGAAGACGGAGCCAACAAGCUUGGAGGCUUUUUGCGUGACUUUUUGCGCUAA